CUUUUCUUUUUUUUUAAAAAAAAAACAAACAAACGUAUAAAUGGAAUUCACUACUUAUAAGCGAGGCAAUUAUGAUGAACUUGAUCAUAAAAAAGAAUCGAAUACAUGGUUAACGAGAUCCAAUUAUGAUGAAGAUUAUAGUAGUGACAAGCUAUCUGUAAUAUCAACAGAGAGUAACCUAUCAACAAAUACAAUAACAGAACAAGCUAUCUUAACUACUUGUGAUGAUUGGCGAAUUGUUCUUACUAAUUCGAUAGCUCAAGAAGAAUUAACUGAGGUUGGAAGAUCAGUCAUGGAUAUAAUUGAGCCUAAUUUUCAAGAAAGAUUAAAAACUAUGAUUAUAGAACGAAGAAAUAAAUUAUAUAAUAUUAAUAAAAGAGACGAUCUAAUUAUAUUGAGUGGUAAUAUGGUACCUAUAAUUAAGUUAGAUGGCACAAGAUCCUCGGCUUUACUUUGGCUGAAGGAGAAAAAAGACGAGUCAGGGCAGCCUUCUAUUUUUAUUUGGAUAUUUGAAGAACAACAAUAUUAUCAAAAAAAUAUAAUUUCUUUAUCAGUCAAUUCAGAUAAUAUAAUCCAAUCUGCUGAAUGUGACGAAAAUACCAUUCAAGAACUAUAUGAUCUCAAUAACAUAGCAGAUAUUGUUGGAUAUUCAAUUACGUUCUUGAUUCCUUCUUGGGACCAUUAUCGUUUCUAUUUUGGUAGUCAAACCAAAUUAGGAGCAACGUUCCCUGUUAUGGUCAAAAAGGGCGACACGACCACCAUUAUUUCGAUGCCUAUUAUCGCGGGUCUUAUGAUACUAGACAGAAAUGGUAUUAUAAAAGAUGGGAACGAUACAUUUGUGAAAUCUUUGUUUGGUUUUUCCCAACAAGAAAUUUGUAAUAGGCCUAUUUCUGAAUUUUUACUUGAUUCUACUAAACUCUUUAAACAAACGAAUAUGAUAAGAAUUCACAGUAGUGUCUGUCAGAAGCUACUAAGAAUGGAUCCAUUCAAAGAAAUGGAUCAACACCAACAAUUAAUAGUGAAUAGUCAAUCAUUUAAUUUCUUUUGGAUUAUUCAUCGAGAUAGAACGAGAUUUGAGGUUCAAGCUGAACUUAUGGUAGUUGAAGAUAAAGACAAAUAUGCCGUUUGGAUUUCUUUUGAUAGAGGAUUGGGGUUUAAAAGAUUUAAUGAGAGACUCGAGUCAGAAAAUAAUUUAUUAUCAAAAAAUGGGUAUAAUUAUCCAGUCAUCAUACCAUCUAAAAGAAGAUCGUCAAAGGUCAUUCAGACAUCAGCUGAUAAGGUUAGAGUCACUUCCUCUAUUGAUGAUUAUGUAAUUUUGGAUCAUUUAGGAGAAGGUGCAUAUGGUGUAGUUAAAUCAGCCAUUAGGAAAGAUGAUCUCACUCAGACAAAAGUCGUGAUCAAAUAUGUUAUCAAAUCACGUAUUUUAGUAGAUUGUUGGGCAAGAGACCGGAAACUCGGGACUGUACCGGGAGAAAUUCAUAUUUUAAAUACGCUAAGAAAUUCACCACAUGAGAAUUUAUGCAAUAUGUUGGAUUAUUUCGAAGAUGCAGAUAAUUAUUAUAUAGUCAUGAGUUUAUAUGGUGAUAGUAGUAUGGACUUAUUUGAUUAUAUUGAAUUGCAUGAUUCUAUACCAGAAGAAGAUAUUCGUUAUAUAUUUAAACAAACGGUUUUAGGGGUCCAACAUCUUCACAACAAUCAAAUCGUUCAUCGAGAUAUUAAAGACGAAAAUAUAAUCAUAAGUCAAGGACAUGUACAACUUAUAGAUUUUGGAAGUGCUGCUUAUAUUAGACCUCACAAGAAGUUUGAGACAUUUGUAGGUACACUUGAGUAUGCAGCACCAGAGGUUUUACAAGGACAUUCAUAUUCAGGAAAGCCUCAGGAUAUUUGGGCCUUGGGCAUUUUAUUAUUUACACUUGUACAUCGAGAAACUCCAUUUUAUAAUACAGAACAAAUUAUGGAAAAGGAAUUAAGAUUACCAUUUGUGUUAACAGAAGGCUUAGUGGAUCUUAUUCGUAAAAUGUUAGAACGUGAUGUAGAUAAAAGAAUUGAUAUACAACAAGUGCUGGCACAUCCAUGGUUAAAUUCUACAUAGACUUUAUAUAUUUAUAUAUGUAUACUCAUUUA